AUGCAGCUCAUUCAGCUGAUUUCACUGUUAUUUACAGUUUUAGCAAUUCAUCUAUGUUUUGCAAAACGUUUUCGUAGACCAGAUUUUUUCAAAAGGGUCAGAUAUUUACCGGCAGAAAACAGCUUGACUGAAGACAAUCAUCCAAAAAUUUGGGCUUUACUAGUCGCUGGAUCUAACGGAUGGUAUAAUUAUCGACAUCAGUCAGAUGUCUGUCAUGCAUACCAUAUACUGCGAAAUCAUGGAGUACCAGAGGAACAAAUUGUUACUAUGCUUUAUGACGACAUUGCGAAUAAUAAGCAGAAUCCCUAUCCUGGAAAGAUUUUUAACAAACCACACGGAGAUGAUGUUUAUGCUGGAGUGAGGAUUGAUUAUUCUGGCAAAGACGUUACACCAGAAAAUUUCUUGGCAAUACUGCAGGGAAAUAAAACUGGCAUUAAAGGUGGUAAUGGUAGGGUUUUAGACAGUAAUGGUGGCGACCACAUCUUUGUUUACUUUUCGGACCAUGGUGGAGUUGGACUUAUCUCUUUCCCAUUUUCAAUUCUAACAGUCAAAGAUCUAAACGAUGCCUUGAAGAAGAUGCACAAAAAGAAGAGUUUCAACCAACUGGUAUUUUACCUUGAAGCAUGUGAAAGUGGUUCAAUGUUUAAGAGCGUUUUGAAAAAGAACAUAGAUGUUUAUGCUGUAACAGCAGCAAAUGAACGGGAAAGUUCAUGGGGUUGUUAUUGUGAAAAUGACAUGAAAUUACCCUGCCUUGGCGAUCAGUUUUCAGUUAGUUGGAUGGGCGAUUCUGACGAGGAGGAUCUAAGCUUGGAAACAUUGAAAACACAAUUCGAAAUUGUAAAGCAGGCAACUAAUAAAAGUCAUGUGAUGCAUUAUGGUGAUUUUGAUAUUGCUGAUGAAUAUGUCGCCGAUUUUCAAGGCUGGAGUAAAAGUCCUAACAGGAAAUAUAGUGCUGUAGUUAGUGUUUAUUUUAGGUAUCCGAUGACUGCUUGGCCGUCUCGCGAUGUACAUCUGCUAUCCAUAAAAAGAGCGUUGCAAGAAGCAAAAACUGAACAGCAGUAUAAAAAGUUGGAGCACAGAAUAAAGAAGAUUGAAACGAAUCCAUAUGCUCUUAAGUACGUUUAUGUGUUGACAAACCUAUGCGAAGAACGGAUCGAUAUUGAGUUUAUAUUGGAGGUCAUGCUGCAGAAGUGCCUUGAAAUUGAAGUUGUCGGCAUUUUCUGA